AUGCUGGAGGAGCUCGGGGAGCGCCCGGCGGCCCGGUGCGGCCUGGCGCCCGGUGCGCGCGGCGUGCAGCCGCGGGGUGCCCGGGGCAGAGAGGAGAGCGCACCCCGCCGGCGGCAGCGCGGGGCUGCGGCGGCGCUGCUGCAGGGGCAGAGGAAAGGGGAGGCCCCGUCCCCCCCCCCAGCCAGACGUGGCCGAUACCCCCGGGCAGGGGAAACGGGAUACGAGUGCGGAUAGAGCCCCGUGAGCGCGGCGGUGCCAAUCACGGUGCCUCCAAGCCAACCAGCGGCGGCGAGGGGCGGCGGCGGGCGGUGUCGGCGGAGGAGCGAUGCGAGGGGAGCCGGAGCGGGGUCCGCAUUGCUCCGUCUCCGGGAUCUUGGCGUUUUCCGCAGCUGAGGCUGCGGGUGCGUCCUCGCCCGCCUUCUCCCCGCUCCCCGCCUGCGUCCCGCGGCUCCCGCACCUCCUCCGCGCCCCGCCAGGCGCCGGUGGGGCAGGUCGGCGCCCGCAGCCCGCCGCCGAGCAGCGCCCCGGCCGCGGAGCGCCGCCGCAGUGCCGCGCAGCUGUAUGCCCGCCGCGGUCUCGGCACAUCUGGAUUCGCUGGAGUCCUGGGCCUUCCAUGCGCUGUUGGUGCUGCCCUAUAUGUUUUACGUGGGCUUGUUCUUCGUCAACGUGCUGAUCCUGUACUAUGCCUUCCUGAUGGAGUACAUCGUUCUCAAUGUGGGCAUCGUCUUCGUGCCCGAGGAUAUGGACCAGGCUCUGGUGGAUCUGGGGGUGCUGUCCGACCCUGGCUCAGUGCUCUACGAGACGGACAGCGAGCUGGAUGUCUUUGAUGGCUAUUUGGAAUAACGCCCCCGCGGCGCCCCGAAGUGACGUGACUGCGGAGCGAAGCCUCCUGGCCGCGGGCCGCCGGGGCUGGGUGUCCCGGCACAGCCGUAGCUAAGGCAUCGCCGCCGCCCGGGGAUGCCGCCGCCGCCCGGGGAUGCCCUCGCCGCGUCUCAGCUCCUUCUGCACAGCAUCUUCCGUUCAAAAUGGCCUCACGGGUGCCGGGGUCAGCGGGGGCUGCUGCUCCUGGCCGGGCUGCGCAGGACCUGCCGCCGCUGCCGGGAAGGGCACCGUCGGGCUCGCACGGGAAAUUCAUUAUAUACCUGAAAUGGAUUAUGACCAGGUUACUGGAUCAAGUCAUGGAAAGAAAUUAUACUCUGAAAUGUAGAGAUGAAAAGAAGGACAAUGGGACAACAGGAAGAGUUGUUAUCAGACCUUGUCAAUUGUGACUUUUUCCCCAUGAUCAUUGCAUCUGAGCGUGCACUAACUGCAGUGAUUCAUGUACACUACCGGGCUUCCAUAGGUAAUUCUGUGUUGGACUGAAAAAAAGCUGUGUUCUGUUAUAACAGAAAUUCAAGACUUUACUCAGAUUUGAUAAACUUUUGACUGAAUACCGUGUCACCCAAAUGGACACAUUCUACAUACUGCUUAAACAAGUUUCACAGUCGCACACUGAAAACUCUGCCAGCCAGUAGUUCAAAAUCAGUGCUCUCUCAGGGGAAUAUAUCCAGAAGUGGCUGCAAGGGAGGUUCUGUUCAGGGCAGAAUUAUGGCAAGAACUGUGCUAAUAAGAUAUUUUGUUUAUAUUGUGAGUUUUGAAAUAGAUCAGAGAGUGAAUUUUAUAUAAGUCAGGUGGAUUCAUUGCCUAACACAAGAUACUUUACGGAUUGUUUAAGCUCGUGUUC